AUGCGAUUCCGAGGGUAUGUGCAUGCCGUGCAAAGAACCUCCUCCGCCGGAGGAAUCUCUCACUUGCGGCACACGUGCACUACGCCUUGGCACGCUUCCUGCCUGUCUUCCCCUCCGGCAACCCUGGCUUCGACUCUGCAGUGGGAGUGUCCCGGCGAGAUCGAUCCUCAUGGCGGCGUUGUUGCCGAAUCCGGCAAAAUCGCUGUGGAGGAAGAUGAUGAUGUCUUGGCCGCGCUCGGAGAAAACCUGACUUGCAUUUUCUGUAUGCAAUUGCCUGAGAGACCUGUCACGGCACCAUGUGGGCACAAUUUCUGUCUCAAGUGUUUUGAGAAAUGGGCUGUUGGUCAAGGCAAGCGUACUUGUCCCGAAUGCGCAGGGAAAUUCCUGCACUAA